GCAAGAAAAGGAGACUAAUGAGUACGAAUUUCAACUGAUGGAAAUUGAUAACAAAUUAUCUCAAUCUCAAGAAAAUAUGUUUAAUGUUAUGGAAUUAAACAAAGAAAUACAGGAGACCAUUCGGUUGAAGAGCGACAUAAAAGAUCUUGAUAGAGAAAUUAAUGCUCUUGAACCUUUUAUGAAAUCUGCGACCGAGUCUAAAAAUAAAAGAGAAGAGCUGCGAGAAAGAGUUAGUACUCUUGAAAAAGAUAUUGACGAGCUAAAAAAUGUUCGCGAAUUACGAAAUAAAGAAGAAACAGAUUUGCGAAAUCGUUUACAUACAUUGGAAAUGGAGAAAUGCAAAAAGCAGAAUUGUUUUAAUAAUCGUAAUCGCAUUCAACAACAAAUAGAAGAAUUAAAUAAAGAGAUUCUUUGUCAAGAAAAAUUAAUCUCACCAUUAUUUAAUCAAAUCAUGAAAGCGGAUGAUGAAAUUAAAGAUAUAACGACUGAAUUACAAGAAUUUCGUAAGCGUAGAUCCGAGUCGGAGGAUGCGAUUAUGUCUGAACU